AUGAACAGCCGGAGGAGGCCAGUGAAGAAAGACAGCGAGGCCUUGGAGAUUUCCAUCCCGUUCGAUGAGACGCCCCACCUGGACCCGCAGAUCUUUUACAGCCUGAGCCCCUCUCGGGGGAACUUCGAGGAGCCGGCGGAGGCUGCUUCCCCGACAGUGGCCCUGAUGAAUGGCGUCCGGGCCCAGCUGCACCUGGCCCUGGAGAGGAACUCCUGGCUGCAGAAGCGCAUUGAGGACCUGGAGGAGGAGCGGGACUUCCUGAGGUGCCAGCUGGACAAGUUCAUUUCCUCUGCGCGACUGGAUGCAGACGACCACUGCCGGGGGAAGCCCGGGCCUCGGCGGACUGAGGGGGACGGCCGAGGGGGGACCGGGGGCGAGGCCUCAGACCCCGAGUCAGCCGCCUCCUCGCUCAGCGGGGCAUCUGAAGAAGGCAGCACCGUGGAGAGGAAGAGGCAGCGGCAGAAAGGAGGCCCAGGCCGGCGGCGCUUCGGCAAGCCCAAGGCUCGGGAGAGGCAGCGGGUGAAGGAUGCGGACGGGGUGCUCUGCCGCUACAAGAAGAUCCUGGGCACCUUCCAGAAGCUGAAGAGCAUGUCGCGGGCUUUCGAACACCACCGAGUGGACCGCAACACAGUGGCACUGACCACGCCCAUCGCGGAGCUGCUCAUCGUGGCCCCGGAGAAGCUGGCCGAGGUGGGCGAGUUUGACCCCUCCAAGGAGCGCCUGCUUGAGUACUCGCGCCGCUGCUUCCUGGCUCUGGACGAGGAGACCCUCAAAAAGGUGCAAGCCCUCAAGAAGAGCAAGCUGCUGCUUCCCAUCACGUACCGCUUCAAGCGGUGA